UUUGGGUGAGUUUUGUGUUUGACUUGUUUGAAGAACCAAAAAUCAUAAACCUUGAAAUUGUUGUUAAAACUACAAAUUAAUGAUACACGAAUGAUCAAUACGAAAGUUUAUUUUCUAAUUUGUGUAUUUAAUAUGAGAGUUGAUCUACGUUGUAGGGCUCACUGUUUUGAACCCAACCGCGCGAACAAAUUGAGAAUCGGACUUACUGUGCCCAAGAUACGACUGCCGAAUAAGGGGUUACUACUCUCCCCCUCUCUCUUACGUUGUUUGUUUCCUUCCUGUAGUGGCCAGUCUUGUUCAUCGGCGUCGUCCAGCCGACCCACAGCAGCGCCGGCGAGACUCCAAUCCAAGGGAAACAGCGCCGCCGUCAUCUCCCUCUCGCUCCUUCCUCUUUCCGCUGGUGUGCGCGCAAGCCGUAGGGUUGCUGACGAGAGCAGCAGCGAUUCAUUCCGCUCCUUCAAACCAGGUAGGAACACAGAUUUGGAUGGGCAACCCGGAGGGCAGUGAAGUGGUGGUGUGGCGUGGAUGGCUCUUGUUUACUUUAAUAAUUAAACUACAUUAUUUUCUUUGAUUACAUGGAUUGUUGGACAUUAUUUUGGUUUUCUUAUGCUUCCGCGACGUUUGGAUUUACUUAAUUAUUCCGAGGAACAAGAGUUUACUUUAAACUCUUACGGACGAAUUUUCUAAUUGAUUUAAUUGUUUAUUUUAGAAAAGAAAAUUUUAUGCGUGCG